ACACUGUCUGAGCCAAGGACUGCAUGCUUUCUGGUAAGUUUUGAUUACAAUACUGGGUGGGGUGAAUAUAUAUUUUAUAUGACAUGCAUGAUUUUCUUUGCAUGUCAUAAAUAGUAGCCUACAGCAAAGUGUGUUUAAAUAAUUUCUAACUUAACAAUUUCUGAUGGUUAGUUUUUGCUACCAUGUAGGUUUUAGAUUGCUUGAGCCUGCUAAUUGAGGAGUGUUAAUUCACCUGUUUCCAUACAUGUUUCAUUUUUUUUAAAAUUUGCAAAGGAGUUGUUUAAUCUAACUGCUUAACUAUUUAUCUGCAUAUGGAAUUGUAUUCAGGGUAUUUUAACUCAUUAUUUUCAUAAUCUUUACAGGAAAAUGCUGCGGCACCAUCUGAUGUGUGGAGACAUUUCACUACAGCUAAUGUAGAAGGAAAAGCUGUGUACAUUUGCAAAAACUGUGCCAACUCGUAUGUGAAGAAUGCAAGAAAGAUGCUGCAUCAUCUGGCCAAGUGCAUCAAAUCCCUCAGUUCUCACAACAAGCGACCUCUGACAAAAGUCCCUCUACUCCUAUUCGAGAUGGUGGACUGGAGGAACUGGUGGAGGAACUUAGCAGCGGUAAAAUAAUGUACGCUUUCUGUCGUGUCGAGGACCCAAACUCUGGCCUGUGCAAAUACGUCCUGAUCAACUGGACUGGAGAAGGUGUGAAAGACGCCAGGAAAGGACUAUGUGCCAAUCAUGUCAGCUCCAUAGCUAAUUUUCUCAAGGGAGCCCAUGUCACAAUAAAUGCCCGUGCAGAGGAGGAUGUGGAACCUGAGGCUAUUAUGCAAAAGGUGGCCAAGGCCUCAGGGGCCAACUACAGCUUCCACAAAGAGUCCAACAAAUUCCGAGACGCUGGUCCCCAAGGACCUGUGGGCUCUGUGUAUCAGAAGACCAACGCCAUGUCUGAAAUCAAACGGACCAAUAAAGACAACUUCUGGGCGCAGGCAGAGAAAGAUGAGGAGAAGCGGCAGCAGGAGGAGCGCAGCAAGGCAGAUGAAGAGCGCCACAAGCUGGAGAAAGAUCGGAAGGAUCGAGAGGCCAAGGAGGCAACUCUCAGAGAGAAGAGAGACAAGGAGAGGGCCUCUAUGAUUGACCAGCAGAAGAAGUACCAGCAGCAGCAGGAAGCUGAGAGCAGAGACAAUGAAAAACAACAAUGGGAGGAGCAGGAGAAGGACUUCCAGGCAGCUCAGAAGAAAGGGAUGAAGCGUGGUGAAUCUGUAGAGAAAGCCAAUGAGGCGGCCUCCCUGAUCUCUCAGCGCUCUAUGAACCCCAGAGAGAUGUUCAAGCAGAGAGAGAAGGGCAUGGCCCCCAGCACUGCAGACACCGACACCCCUGCUGCUGCCCACACCCCUGCCAGCCCCCAGCCGGGGCGUUUGAACAGCCCUUUUCUCUCUAAGCAACCAUGCGAGCCCGAGCCGUCCCGCUUGCCCCUGCGCCAAGCCUCCCCUCUGCCCACAGGCUCCGCCUCUCCUGUCCCUGCUGCAGAACCCAGUGUGGAUGAGCCCGUUGUGGAUGAAUCCACUCCCAGUGUGGGUGAGCCAUCCCAAUCUGAGUGCUUGGAUGAGCAGGAUGCAACCCCUGAGGAUCAGUGGCAAGAUGAAGUAAAGGCAACAGCAGCUCCCACUGAGCACAACCAUGCCACAGAGCCAGCCCAAAACAACCUCUAUGAGGAGCCCCCAGAGGUGGAAGAGAACACGAAUGAGGUGGCUGCAAAGAAGACCGACCGAGGCGUCUGUGCCAGGGCUCUAUACGACUACCAAGCUGCUGAUGAGACAGAGAUUUCCUUCGAUCCUGAUGACAUCCUCAAUGGCAUCGAGAUGAUUGACGAGGGCUGGUGGCGGGGCUAUGGCCCAGACGGUCAUUUUGGAAUGUUCCCAGCCAAUUACGUGGAGCUGGUCUAAAUCCGUACCUUGCCCGCUCACUGGACCAGCAUAUAGGAGGCAGAAGAGAACCCCCCCCCCCAGAAGAAUUCGGCAGUAGGAAAACUGCUAGCUCCAGAACACAGCAUGUCAGAAGUAACUCAACAGUGAACUUUUCAGAGUCAAUUGCUGAACUGUAUCCUUCACAUUAUGGACCAAUGUAUGAACAGUGACCGGGGGUGCUCAAAUCUAUCCCUGUUGAUGAGAGAAAUUUCAUUUAUGUUGUGAGAACUUAGGUGGCAUUGUUUAGGUUUUGAUGAAAUCCCAAACUGAAUCUCUUUCCUCCUGUGAUGCAGUAAAUUGUCAGCCUUUUUUAAUGUUUCAAUUCAAGAUUCCAUUGAACAUUUAAUAGCACUUGUACAUCACAUAUCUUAAAAAGUGAAGCCAGUUUUGUUCCAGGUGUACUUUUUUUGUGUUAUUUGUAUCAUUCACUCAUGUCAUGUUCAGGAUAAUAACAUUUCAUAGCUCACAUAACGGUACCAAAUAUAUAUUUUUUGCCUUUUCCUCAGACUGACAUUUUAUGUGAGUUUGCUUAAAUAAUCCUGUGUGAAUUUCAAACCAUAGUUUGGUAUUGCAGUUGAAUAUUAGAAAACCAAAAUGUUAUAUAUUUGCUGUGCUCUCCUGUGUGGCUGAAUUCAAGAAAAGAUGGGGGUGAAAAGGACACAAUCAUCAUAUCCUUGUGCAAAAGUAUUAUUUUUUUAAAAUAUGUAACGAUUAUGCUACAGAGCUUGUCCCCAUACCCUCCCUCCCUCUGCCCUCUUGCCCCUAGAGAAUUUGAAUGAAUGACUGUUUUCAGGGACCAGUUACACGGAACAAAGCAUGAGUAAUCUUUCCUGUCGUGCUGUUGAAUCGUCUUGUCAUUAUCUGUGUCUUGGGUACAAUUUGUCUCUGCUUAACCUGUCUUUCACAGUCCAGCUUUCAUCCAAAUACAGGUCUGUGAAUGGCUUAAUUUAGCAGGCUUAAGAGGGCAAUGAUCAGAUGCUGUUAUCAUGUGAGAGUGCCAAAUGAGGGUAAAGGAGUGGGGUGAUGAUGCUGUCCUCUGGAAAGUGCUUUCUCUCAUUCUAAUCUGUGUGGAAACCUCAUAACUGUCAUGCAACUUCCCUGCUUUUUUAAAAACUUAAUGAAAUCAUUGCAAUAAAAAGUUUGUGGGACAUUGUCACUUUAAAUAAAGAUGUAAAAAAAUAUUAAAAAGGGUCACUGUAAUUUCAAGGUGCAUGAUGUAUCCAUUGUCCUUGUUUUUCAAGAGUAUAUUGUAAUGCAAAUACUUUCGUCAUAAUAAAAGAGUUCAAGUAAAAUGUG